GUAAUGGCGUCUAAGGGGGCUCGGCAGAGAAGCAAAGGAACCGGUGGUGGUGAAAGGGAGGAUAAUAGCGGAAAGCAAAGAGAAGAAAGCCGGGUGUCCGAGCACCGAGCCGAGUCAACAUGUAGUAAAGCGGGCCAGGUGUGGGCACCAGAAGGAGCUACUGCAUUUAAAUGCCUAAUAUCUGCUAGAUUUUGUGCAGCUCUUCUCAGUAAUAUCUCAGACUGCGAUGAAACCUUCAAUUACUGGGAGCCUACUCACUACCUCGUUUAUGGCAAAGGAUUUCAAACAUGGGAAUAUUCUCCAGCCUAUGCCAUACGCUCUUAUGCUUACCUUUGGUUACAUGCAUUACCUGCUUGGUUCCAUGCAAACAUCCUUCAGGCAAACAAGGUUCUCGUAUUUUACUUUAUACGAUGUUUCUUAGCUUUUAUUAGUUGUGUGUGUGAACUUUAUUUCUACAAGGCUGUAUGUAAAAGGUUUGGGCUCCAUGUUGGGCGAAUUAUGUUGGCUUUCCUAGUCCUCAGCACAGGAAUGUUUUCUGCAGCUGCUGCUUACCUUCCCAGUACAUUCUGUAUGUAUACCACUGUAAUAGCCAUGACAGGCUGGUAUAUGGAGAAGAUCUCUGUGGCGGUACUUGGUGUGGCUGCUGGAGCUAUCUGGGGUUGGCCAUUUAGUGCUGUUCUUGGGUUUCCCAUUGCCUUUGACUUGCUGUUUAUGAAACAAAAGUGGAAGAGCUUUUUAAAUUGGUUUAUGGUUGCACUGAUAAUAUUUCUGGUCCCUCUGGUGGCUAUAGACAGUUAUUACUAUGGAAAACUUGUUAUAGCACCUUUUAAUAUUGUGUUGUACAAUGUCUUUACACCUCAUGGACCUGACUUGUAUGGUAAGUGGCCAUUUCCCAUGAAGCUGUGUCAAUAAUUUUAAUAUAGUCAUGUUAUGUC